AGAGGGGGCUCCCUGGGGCAGGAAACACGGAAACCUGGACUGCCUUUAAGAAACCACCGAUUCUUGUUCUCAAACUACACCAAAAACAUGACAGCGACUAUUAUUUCUCCCAUGUUCGAGUACGGUGAAGUCUCAGACAAGAACAAAAUGUUGGACUACAGCUACAACAGCAGACUCGGUGGAAUUCAAAUCACAUCUGUCCCAUGCAAUGACGACCUCUCCCCCUGCACCCCCACUGAGUCCCUGCUGAACAGGAGGACGGUGGGAGCCCCCUCUGCAGGGGGUCUGUUCCAACGCCGUCACUCAGUCAAUCUCUCCAGUGCAAAAUUCAGCCAGAACCAGUUCAUCAACAGGCUCAACGCGGAUCCCUCCGUGUUUUUGGGCGGCAGUAACAACAAGGAGAACCGCGUGUGCGAGAGGUCCUUCUCGGAGCUGGGGGACAGGCCCGGUAGCCUGGCGUGCGUGCUCGGAAGCGGCCAGGUCAACUCGAGCCGAUACAAGACGGAGCUGUGCAGACCCUUCAAAGAGCACGGCAUCUGUAAGUACGGCGACAAGUGCCAGUUCGCCCACGGCAUGCACGAGCUGCGAAACCUGAGCCGCCAUCCUAAGUAUAAGACUGAGCUGUGCCGCACCUUCCACACCAUCGGUUACUGUCCGUACGGACCUCGCUGCCACUUCAUACACAACGCAGACGAGUGCCGCGGACCCCCGCCCCUCGGCGCCUUCAACAAGAUGGAGCGCCCUCGGCUGCAGCACAGCUUCAGCUUCGCCGGCUUCCCCAGCGCCGAUGACCUCCAAAACAGCCCCACCUCUGUCACACCCCCACCCCUGUUCUCCACCGAGAACCUGACGGAGUGGCAGAGCAACCCUUUCACAUACUCCAGCCAGGAGUUCGCCAGCCUAUUCGGCCCCAGCCUGGGGUCCCCACCUUCGUCUGAACCUCAGGGACCAGCCCAUCCUUCAGUGAACCCCCCCUGCUUUUUCCAGGCCGCAUCAGAGAGCCCCCCCAGCCCCCCUGACUCUGUGUCUGACCAGGAGGGCUACCAGAGCAGCCAGGAUAGCCACAGCGGCUCUGAGUCUCCCCUCCUGGAUGCCUCCCGCCGCCUCCCCAUCUUCAGCACGCUCUCUGUCACUGAUGAUUAAGGUUUCCUCAUCACCUGGGCUUGAGAUGGAGUGAUGGGGUAAAAAGAUAGAGAGGAAGAUGGAGGCUUUUCUCCUCCCUUAUCUCCCUGCUCUUUCUCUUAGCCCUGUUUACAGGAGAAGCAAACCGCUCCGCAUUGUUGUAGCCACUGAGUCACAUCAGAAUAUUGAAUGCCUUAUGACGACAGUCUUUUACUUUAAAAGACAGCCCCUCCCCCCCAAUUCAGAUCAAGUCUCUUCAAUAUGAUGAACAGUUGGUAAACCCACACACUGGUGCCAUGGUGGAAUGAUUGUGAAAAGUAGCUCAGAGAUCAGAUUAACAUGGGUAGUCCCAGUGUGGUCAGAGUCUAUGUGAUCAUGUUUGUGUUCCAGUACAGACUGUCUGGACUGUACAGUUGCAGUAUUGUGUGGUGCCACACAUAUAUUAUUAUCAUAAUGAUGAUCAUUAUUAUUAUUAUUAUUAUUAUUAUUAUUAUUAUUAUUAUUAUUAUUAUUGCCUUUGCUGCAACCUUUACACCUCCCAUAGGUCUGUGACACAUCAGUGUUAAAGGCUGGGCACUGUAAAAUUGACAACAGAAAGUCUCGGUGGACAGUUAAAUUCUAAAUGUGCCUUUGAACUUUUUUUUAGGUGAAGGCCUCAUCUAUCUUUUCCUCUAAUCAUCAUGGGGGUUGUUUUCUUUGUUUUCUCAAGGCUUACUCACAGAUUGCCUUGCCUUCUGUCAGGCUGGAAUAACUGCUUCAUUGAGCUGGAGGCCAGUCACUCUCUAUUUGCUGCAGACCAUUUGAAAAAUCACAGCCAGCAUUGGGUUUUUGAAUAGAAACUAUCUUUUGAAUAGGACUCAAAAGCGGAGGUUGACUUGAAGGGAAUUUCACCCAAAAUUACAAGAACACGUUUUCAAACCUGUAGUGGUAUACUGUAGAAAUGUCUAUCCCAGUACAGUAGAGGUGAAUGGAAUGCAGUUUUUCCGACUCAUAAAUUCAGCGACAGCCUCUUUGGUGGGGAAAAGUAGUUUUGAAUGAAAAUUGUUCAUUAGAUUAUCCACACCAUCACUGACAAGUGGGUGUUGAUUUUUAUAAAAAAAAAUCAUACUUUCAAUACUACUAAAGAGAGAAAAUGUUUUCAUAAGUAAUUUUGGGUGAAAUGGCCCUUUAAGAAACUGCCAGCAGUAGGGAUGGGCAUUUGAAUAAAUUUCCUUGAUCGAUCAUCAGGAAAAUUAACGAUCAAUUAUCAAUUAAUCUUUCUUUUUUCUUAAAAAUGCCAUGAAUAUACAAAAUACAGUGUGUUUCUCCUCAAUGAAAUCUUUAUUCCAAUAAUUUAUAGUCCAACAACAAUCCUCUUAGACAAGAAAGUUAAAGUUCAACUGUUUAACUUAAACAAAAAGAUAAGCGGUGCUCUUUAAAGCAGCUUAGUCCGAGGCGCGGAGCCAAACCUCUUCACAUAUCAAUCGCUACGGCGCUCUUAAACACAAUUGAGCCUCUUUUAGGAACACUUCCAAAAAACAAUCAAAUCUAAAAACAACCUAAUCAAAAAACAGAAUAUUACUCAGGACUGACAGUUUUUGCCAAAAUAUAACGUUAAAGGACUCCAAAAUGCACCCAGCCGAGCCUCGAGAGAAAGAGGCAGAGUGAGUGAGAGAGAUAGUGUUACUUUACAAUUCUGCUUAUUUAACCAGAGCCUCAUAAAACAACAAGACUGACUCACCCAAAGGCUACAGUGGUAACUGUCCAUUCCUAAGAAAGUAAAGUAACUCCAGCCUACUGAUUCUUGUUGAUUAGCAUGUUAGCAUGCUCAGGGAUCAGUGAGCGCAGCCUUGUGACAGUCAGUCCAGCAGCUGAAAACAGCUGCUCUGAGGGGACCGGAGUAGCCGGGAAGGUCCCACGCCAAACUUUGCCAUGACCUCUUCUUUUAUGUUUCAUAUCUACGCUAGUAAGUAGCUGAGUCGUUUUCUCUGUCAAAUAUCGCCCCCUAUUGGUAAGAUAUCUCAUUGCUGCCACAUAGUGAAAUUCAUUGCAUUGCUUCAAGACUCACACUACGCAACACAACACAACCUCUAUUUGAUACCAGCGUUUGAUCAAUUAAAAUUUCACGUGAUUGACGAAAUUCUUACCGAUCAAUUAUCGAUCAUCGAUUAAUCAUGCCCAUCCCUAGCCAGCAGAUGAUGUUGAGCAGCAAUUGGUGGAUAUACCUUUUAACAAAUUUUAAAACUCUGCAGCAAGGUUUUUUCUAUAAAAUAAGAGUACUCCAGCCUUUUCUUUCCAACUCUCUCUUACACCAGUUCUCGGUCUGAAGUGACUCAGUCAGCUGUUUGAAAUCACAUCAGUAUAAGUGCCCCCCCCCCACCCCCGUUGAUUUCACGAUGUAUCACCAUGUUUUUUGUUAUUAUAAAUACCAUUAUUGUCUAGUUUAUUUUCCAAGGCCUUCAGAGUAAUGGCUUUGAGGUCACUGCUUAUUUAUCAAAAAUGUAUUUAUUGCUGAUCUUAAGCAUUUUUAUUUUAUAUUUAUCUGUUUAAUGAGACAACAGAAUAUAUAUUUUCUUUUAUGUUAAAUUAUGAUCUUCCAUAUUAAUUACAAGAUUGUGAAAACCUGUUUAUUAUACUGCAAUGACUUUUGUAACACUUGAUUCAGUGAUCUCUUUUUUUUUUUUUGAAAGUGAAUCCUAAUUUAAACAAUGCACAGAGGUUUAGCAUUUUUAUUUAUUGUGUGCUCCUCCCACAGUCUGAAGGCACAAACGGACUGGAAGUGUUUCCACAUCCCUACAAACUUUUCACUUUUCACUUGUGAAAUGUUGGAAAAGCUAAGAAUAGUAAUUAAUUGCAAACUAAUCAGGCAACUAAGCUAGUGUCAUACAUUGUUUAAUGUAUAAAUGUGCACAGGAUGCAGGUGGUGCUGAUAGUUCACACAGGGGCCCAUUUCCAGGCUUUUCAACCACAUUUGGAAAUUGCACUAAAGAGUUUGAGGAAAAUAAGAUGCAUUCUUGAGAUACAGAUAUCAAGAUCAACACAUGCCAUGACCUUAAACCCUCAUCCUUUCAGGAAUAGCAAUGUUACUGGAGAACAAUCCUCUACCGAGCAUCUGUAAGAUAUUGAUCAACUGGAUUUGAUCAAUUUCAAAGUGUUGUAUAAUCCCAAAAUGUUGAAAGAGUAUUUGUGUAGUAACCCGGUUUACAUCUCCACUUUAUGGAUAGCAGCUUAUUUCAUCCUCUUAGAAUGUACACCCAAUCAGAGAUACUCCCCUGAGUGUCUGAUUGGGAUGCAUUCUCAUUUGAUUAUCAAAGUCUAAUCAGUCUCAGUCAGUGAUUUAAGACAUUUUAAGCUUUCAUUUUGAAAGGAUAACCGCAGCUUGCCUUUCCCACAGUAUCACGCACAGACUUACAAGCACUUUGAGUCACAACGAUGAUGUAAAGGUUAGUUUUUGGCCACCUUUUUUCCCAUUAAGUGCCUAUAAAUACAUUCCAGGUUUCCCAAAUGUUGUGCCUUCAUAUUUUUCUAUAACUAGAGCGAUAAAAGCUUCAGAUGUAUUCCUGUAGUUUAGAGGUUAAAACAGGAAAAGCAACUGUUGAAUGUAUUCUCCAGCAGCCGUUGCUGUUCACUACAGUAAUUACUUUGUUCAUGGUUUAUUUUGUAAUGACAGAUUGCAGUUAAAACCAAUAAAACAUUUAUAUUGAAUGUGA